GAUGUGUAUGGAGGCUGGCUACUGAUGGGUGUGCAGAAAGAAUGGCAAACAAUUUGCGGUUAAUUAAAAUGCCAACGCAUACACACAGAUACACACCCACACCCAGGCGCAUGGGGAACAAUGCAAUGGGCUACAGAAUGUGCAGAAUGCAGCGGUUUCAAGGGAAAAUCCACAAAUUCCAAUAGGGCCAUUGUAAGGCGUGUUUGCGGAAUCGAUUGGGCAAAUCCACUCCAGGUGGUGGAACACGAAACACCCCAAUCCAUCUCUGAUAACCAGGCAGGGCUUCGGGACUUGUUGCCCCUUUGCUUUAUGGACUUCCGCCGUAAAUCUUGUGAAAAUCUCUCACAUAUUUCGACACACUUGUAAUGCAUUAAACCGAAUUUUUAUUGAGCCAAUAAAUAACAGAUUUGGCCCACAGGCUCUCCUGCCACUGUUUCUGGCUUGUUUGCCUUUUGUGGCAGAUAUUUAUGGAUUUAACUCGAGAAGCUAAAAUCCCUCACGUAACUGCUCCUACUGUUGCUGUUGCAGUGCGACCUGCACGUGCCACACAAUGAGCGGAAAGCCGUUAAAGGCCAGACAAUAAAAUGCCACACUUGUUGGCAAUCGUUUGAGUGUCUGCCCCUUCCGCUGCUCCUUCCAGAUGCGAUACGAGCUUGUGCUGACUUAAGCAAAGAAUGAAGGUCCGAGCGGAAACGGAAAUCGAAAAGGACUUGCGUGCCUGCAAAUUAUGAUACUCGAUUGUCUAGACCGUCUCUUAGUACCUUUGGGGCAUGUGGUGGACCAUCGACCAUCAAAUUUGAUUGCCCCCGAAGGCUAAAUAAAAGUGUUUGAAAUGCAAAAAUGUUCUCCUUCUGGGGGGGAACCCGAAUUAUUCAACAUCAAAGUGUGCGAUAACUUUCCGAUCCGAAACAAUGUUUUCUCGCUUAAAUGAGCAAUUUCAUUAAAAACUUUCUCUAAGCCCCAUAUCGUUGGGGGCAGUCUGUUCUUCCUUUCUUCCUCUUGGCCAUGCUGCGUAUACGUUAUUUCUCUGUGCUGCCUCGCACGACAAAGCUUAUGAAUUUAAUAUGUUCAUUGUUGCUGUUUUCUGCUGUCUGGAUUCUGUUUAUGCAUAUAAAAUUUAAUGAGCUACAUUAAUGAGCCCAGAAAGUAGCACUUCCCGGCGAUGUCCUGGGCCAGAAUGAAACAUGUUGGCCAAUUACAAAAACGAGCCCCAAAGAUCCUUCAAUGGACCGAAAACCCGCAAACUCGAUUUAAUGUUGUAUAUGUAACGAGUGAGAGAAUGUCGGGGAAUGCUAAAUGGGGACCACACACGCACUCGCACUCGUACUCGGAUUGCUAUUAUAUUUUCAAUUCUCUAAAGAAAUCCCCCUCACGGCAAACAUUUAUAAGCCUUAAAGCAGCAGCCGGAAAUUGCAGAAAUUCUCACAUGGCCCAAGAACCAACCCACAAGGAAUCUCGGUCCUUUCUCCUUUUCGCAUUUUGUGUCGCCUUUGGCAAAUCCAUUGUGUGCAAUCGUACGAGAUUAGAUACAAUCUUCUAUAAUAGCACGAACAGCAGGAGGAGGGCUUGUGGGAGGCACUUCCAUUUCCCAGUGAUCUCUGGGGCUGCGCAUUUGAUUUGUCCAUCUUCAUCUACAUCAUAUGUCGGUCGAGUCCCAUUUCGUUUGCUUGUGUUUAUUUCUGGUAAUGUCCUCUUUUUUUGGUGGGGAGCCCUGCUGAAUGUGCUCUUCCAGUUUCUGUCCGAUGGGGUGGACAUUCAUAAAGUUGACUGCCCAUAAAUGAGAUUUGCCUCCAUUCAUGCUGUCAGAAUGCAUUUGCAUUUAAACGGAAAUAAAAAAUAUCCUUCUGCCUUAUGUGUUCUUUUGGCCGCUGUUUUUUUGUACUGUUUGUCGGAUUUAAUUGAAAUCAAAUAUGCAAUUAGCAGUUCUGGCCAUAAUUUAGUCCUCCACUGACUUGGCAAUUUUGCUGCGGCAUUAUUUAUGAGGUAAUUAGAGGCGGGCGAUUCCCUUUUCUCUCUUCCGUUUCUUCUCUCCAGCGAAUUUACAAAAUUUUCAACUUAAAAUUGAGUUUUACUUUGUGUUUUAUGUAUUGUGGCCCUAACUCAUUUCUCAUGUCUGCUGCUGGUCGGUGGCGGUCCUUGGCGCGAGGGUGUCUUAAAAGGCAACGCGGCGUAUGUGUUAUAAUUUAGCGAGAAGCUAAUGAAUGCGUGGUGCUCGAGAGAACUUCGGAGCAGACUUUGUGCCAGGGUCCGUGCGGAGUGUUGGGUCGUAAUAAUCAACUUUUCUUUUGUUUUAUGUGCAUGCAUUGCUCUAAUUUACGAGCAUGUCACCUAAACAACAAGAAAGGAACAACAUUAGGCAAAGAACCGGCAGAAGAUUGUCAAAGGACGACCAGCCACAGUGGGAACCAGAAGUAGAGCCCCCACAGGGGUGUGAAGUUCGCCUGCGGACUUAAUAUUUCAUGGCCAGGAAUCGGUGUUGUUUCAAUUAAAAAAUUGGUUGGGUAUUGCUUUUCCAAAGAAAUUAAAUUUACGGAGAACAAUUUGUUGUUCUCUUGAAAUCCAUUUAAUUGUGUCUCAAAUAUCCAUACGUCCUGUUGGCCAUUCGGAAAACUUUUCAUUUCCGGAGAAUUUGGUUAAACGCUGCGGGAAAACUUUUCGGACUAAACUUGCCUGGUUGCUUAGGGCCUUCUGCUUUGUUUCGUCACUCUCUGUACAGCAUCAGAUUAUUUGGAAGGUUUUCCACUCAUGGGUUGGGUGUGUUCCUAUUGCCGCCCUGCUUUAUGCCAUACAUUAAUGUAACGAUGCAUCAUUUAUGCCAUUUAUUAUCAGAGCUAAAAUGUGAGAUUUCCGCUUGCUGAUGCUGACCUGAAGGCACCGCCCUGGCCCACCCAGUACCACCCAAAGCCACACAACCAGGCCACACCCGCUGGCAGGCGCUGGCAGGAAGUUAGCGUUUCUAAUUUCUAAGUAAAACCAUGGGCCCUGACUGGUGAGCCCUUUGACUUGUGGGUGGUCUUUUUAUGGCCACAUGUCUGCUCUGCUGUGGCAUCACGCACCAGAGAGCCUUUUCUUUUCCCCCUUCAAUCUGCUGACGCUUCUGUCUGCCUUUUGAUGGCGAAUCUAAUGAAUUUUUAUGGCACUCGGCCUGACCAUUCCUGUUCGCCAUGAAUAUGGCGAAUCGGACACCUUUAAGUUCGCUCCCGAACUGAUUUCAUGCCCCUUUAUGUGGAAACCAAUUGCCGUGGGGCCACAGCACAGUGUGGGGGUGUGGCAGUAUCAAUGCAAUUAACGUACACUGUGGCAAAAGGCCGCAAGCUCUGGUCAAAAGGGGUCCGGGCAGUCCCUCAACAAUUGCAAGAAUUCAACUUCCUGAACGAUUCAGGGAACAUUGUCCCCGGACAAUGUUAUUCUGAUACACAUCUCGACUCGCCCCCCAGGUGGUUUCAGGGCAGCCACAGAAUGGUGGUGCAGUGAGUGUGAUUGUGAGUGCUGGAACCCUGGAACACAAUGAGUGACCACAAUUACAUGGAGGCGGCAGUCGCCGCCAAUGGCAGCAGCGCAAUCGAUCCGCUGUUAAUGCUGUCCAAUUUGGACGGAAUCGGGGCGAGCGUGGAGCUGCAGUGCCUGGUGCAGGAGCACAUGGAUUCAACGACCUACGGCAAUGCCAGCGACCAUUGCCUCACCCAGUUCGACUCGAUCCUGUGCUGGCCCCGAACGGCGCGCGGCACUCUGGCCGUGCUCCAGUGCAUGGACGAGCUGCAGGGGAUACACUACGACAGCAGCAAGAACGCCACCCGCUUCUGCCAUGCGAAUGGAACGUGGGAGAAGUACACCAACUACGAUGCCUGUGCCCAUCUACCAGCCUCCCACUCGGUGACGGAGUUCGAGGUCAUUGUGGAGCUGCCAACCAUCAUUUACUACAUCGGUUACGCCCUCAGCCUGGUCUCGCUCAGCCUCGCCCUGAUUGUCUUUGCCUACUUCAAGGAGCUGCGUUGCCUGCGCAACACCAUUCACGCCAAUUUGUUCUUCACGUACAUCAUGUCGGCUUUGUUCUGGAUACUGUUGCUAUCGGUGCAGAUCUCCAUUCGAAGCGGACAGGCAAGCUGCAUUGCCCUGGUCACGCUCUUCCACUUCUUCACGCUGACGAACUUCUUCUGGAUGCUGGUGGAGGGCCUCUAUCUGUACAUGCUGGUGGUAAACACCUUCUCCGGCGACAACAUACGCUUCAACAUCUACGCCUCCAUCGGAUGGGGUGGUCCGGCCCUGUUUGUCAUUACCUGGCUGGUGGCCAAGAGCCUGACUGUCAGCUACAACAGCUCCGAGAAGUAUGACAUCAAUUGCCCCUGGAUGGAGGAGACGAAUGUGGAUUGGAUAUUCCAGGGACCCGUCUGUGCAGUGCUGCUCAUCAAUUUAACCUUCCUGCUGCGCAUCAUGUGGGUGCUCAUCACCAAGCUGCGCUCGGCCAAUACCGUGGAGACGCGCCAGUAUAGGAAGGCGGCCAAGGCGCUGCUGGUGCUCAUCCCCCUCUUUGGUAUCACCUACCUGGUGGUGCUGGCCGGGCCGUCGGAGGUCGGCCUCAUGGGUCACAUGUUCGCCGUUCUACGUGCUGUUCUGCUGAGUACACAGGGCUUCUCCGUAUCGCUGUUCUACUGUUUCCUCAACUCGGAGGUGCGCAAUGCCCUGCGACACCACAUAUCCACGUGGCGGGACACGCGUGACAUCCAGCAGAGCCAGAACCGACGGUACACCACGAAAAGUUUCUCCAAAGGCGGCAGCUCGCCGCGGGCUGAGAGCAUGCGGCCUCUGACCAGCUACUACGGACGCGGCAAGCGGGAGUCCUGUGUAAGCUCGGCCACCACCACGACACUGGUGGGGCAGCAUCCCCCCUGCCUCGCCCUGCACCGGGGCUCCAACAACGCCCUGCACACUGGAGGCGGCAAUACCACAUGCUCAGGCAGUACACUCAGUGUUAUGCCCCGUGCAAUCAGUCCUCUGAUGAAGUUGCAGCAAGGGCUCGAGGAGAACUCCGUUUAGAGAAAACUACCCAGAGAAGAUUUUAGCAAGGCAAGUGCAUCUUAAGAGACUGAACUUUCAUUGAAUUCCAUUUCCGAACGGAGAUCUGCGAGUGCGAUGAGGUAGUACUAGAUAUUAGCGUGAAUGGCGAUGAUGGAAGGAAGGAGACCAGGUACCAGGCCCAGCCACAGCCACAGCCACAGCCCCCAAGCCACAGCAGAGCAGCAAAACCAAGUUAAAUGUCGUCUAGGUGAACCACUUACCAACCAAUCCCCCCACCUACACCUACACCUACACCUGAACAACAUAUACAAACAAUACAUGAGGUACAUACAUAGUACUCGUUUAGCCAAUACUAUUUUGUGUGUACAAUAUAUUCAAACUGUAGCUGUUGAUGGAACAAUUUUUUUCUGUACGGAGGAUACAUCCCCCAGCAUCUGAAUAAAUGGUCUAUUUACUUGAGUGUACUUCACAAUGGAUUUCUUUUUAUAUCUUCAAGGGGAUUAGAGCUGAGCUAUUGAAUGUUUUUGAGUCGUUUGAUGUGUGUCUACUGUCACACAAUAUGUAUUCAACAAUUUGUAACAUCCAAUUUUUUAUCCAGCUUCAAAGAUGAGCUAAAACUUAGCAUGUUGCGCGUUGGAGCAUCUGUUGUGGCAAGGAAGUUGAGCAAGUUUAUGGAACACACACAAAUGUUUCCGAGUUCUGAGCACAAACGAACAAGCGGAACCAAGAAUGAAAAGUUUUUCAACAACUAAAUUUACAGGCAACCAAAGAGUCUCAAUUGAGUUCUGAUGGAUGUUGGAACCUCCAGAAUUUCUAGUAAAUUACUCUUUAAAAUAUAUACAGUUUUCUGUCACUUAUCCAAUCACUGCCCACUCAACCAGCAGCACAAUAUUCGAACCAAUUAUAUCCAUAAUUAAAAUAAAUUUGGGGCUCGUAAUUAGAAAACUGCCCAUGGAUUCGGCUAAUUGUUCGCUAAUUAGACCCAACCUUUUGGGCGGAUGUGGGGGCGGUGAAGAGUGAGUGGCUUUAGUCCAGGCUACGAAAAAGGUCAAACUCUCUUCAAGAAACUUUUGCACAAUCUGAGGGAUUCCCCC